AUGUCUCAAAAUUCUCACAAAGUUCUUGCUGAACUUUUCAGUAAAUUAUCUGUUGCUACUCCAGAAGAAAGAGAUGGUGCUGCUGCCAAUGUUGCAUCAUUUUUAAAUGGUUCUAUCAUUGAGCACGAUAUUCCAUAUGAUUUCUUUCAACAAUUGAAAAAAUCAAUCAAUGAUAAAAAGAACGUCAACCUUUCUUUGAACGCUUUGGAAUCUGUUGCUCACAUUGCUUCAGAAACCGGCUUAUCACCAUCUGUUGAACCAUAUUUAAUUGAUUUGGUUCCCUCCAUUUCUGCCAAAGCUGGUGAUAAAAAAGCCGAUGUUAGAAAAAUCGCUGCUAAAGCCUUGUUAGCCGUUGCCAAAUCCAUAACCCCAACUGCUAUCAAGUCAAUUUUACCAAAAUUGACUACAGCUUUAGCUACUACCAACAAAUGGCAAGAAAAAAUUGCAGUUUUAUCCGCUAUUGCUGCUUUAGUUGAUGUCGCUAACCACCAGAUCUCUCUUAGGAUGACCGAGUUGGUUCCAGUGUUGUCUGAUGCUAUGUGGGAUACCAAACUCGAUGUCAAGAGAGCUGCCACUGCCACCAUGACUAAAGCCACUGAAACUGUUCAAAACAAGGAUAUUGAAAAGUUCAUUCCAAAAUUGAUUGAAUGUAUUGCCAAACCAACUUUGGUUCCAGAAACCGUUCACACUUUGGGUGCCACAACUUUUGUCUCUGAAGUCACCAUUGCUACUUUGUCCAUCAUGGUCCCAUUAUUAACAAGAGGUUUAGCUGAACGUGAUACUUCUAUCAAACGUAAAUCUGCCGUUAUUGUUGACAACAUGUGUAAAUUGGUUGAUGAUCCACAAAUCGUUGCUCCAUUCAUGGCCGAUUUAUUACCAGGCUUGAAAAAAAACUACGAUGGUAUUGCUGAUCCGGAAGCUCGUGAUGUUACCUUGAGAGGUUUGAAAACUUUGAGAAGAGUUGGUGGUAUCUCCGACGAUGAUGUUUUGCCUGAAAUUUCUCAUGCUGGUGAUGUUGAAGUUACCAAGAAUGAAUUGAUUCAAUUAUUAAAUGGUAAGAAAAUUGAAUCUCGUUUCAACAUUGCUAUUGAUUACGUCUCAGCUAUUGCUGGUGAUUUGAUUGAUGAACGUGAAAUCCAACCUGAAGCUUGGGUCAAAAACUUGUGUCCAUUCUUGACCAUCUUCUUGCAUGAAAUUGAAUCAAAAGAAAUUGUUGAAGAAUGGAGAAAGGCUGCUAUCGGUAACAUUCCAAAACCACCAUCUUUUGAAGAUGAAGACGAUGACGGAGAAGAUUUAUGUAACUGUGAGUUCUCCUUAGCUUAUGGUGCUAAAAUCUUAUUAAACAACACUCAAUUACGUCUUAAGAGAGGCAGAAGAUAUGGUUUAUGUGGUCCAAAUGGUGCCGGUAAAUCUACUCUUAUGAGAGCCAUUGCUGAAGGAAAAGUUGACGGUUUCCCAUCCCAAGAUGAAUUAAGAACCGUUUAUGUUGAACAUGACAUUGAUGGUACUGAAGAAGAUACCUCCAUUGUUGAUUUUGUUCUCAGUACUGGUGGUGUUGGAACCAAAGAAGAAGUCGAACUUAAAUUGAAAGAAUUUGGUUUCACUGAUGAACAUAUCCAAAUGUCUAUCCACUCAUUAUCUGGUGGUUGGAAAAUGAAAUUAGCUUUGGCCAGAGCUGUCUUGAGAAACGCUGAUAUCUUAUUAUUAGAUGAACCAACUAACCAUUUAGAUACCGUUAACGUUGCUUGGUUAGUCAACUACUUGAGCACCUGUGGCAUUACUUCCAUCUGUGUUUCCCACGAUUCAGGUUUCCUUGAUAAGAUCUGUCAAUAUAUCAUUCAUUACGAAGGUUUCAAAUUACGUAAAUAUAAAGGUAACUUGUCUGAAUUUGUUAAAAGAGUUCCAAGCGCCAAAUCAUACUACGAAUUGGGUGCUUCUGAAUUAGAAUUUACUUUCCCAGAACCAGGUUACUUGGAAGGUGUCAAAACCAAACAAAAAGCCAUUGUCAAAGUCUCCAACGUCUCAUUCCAAUAUCCAGGUACUUCCAAACCACAAAUUCACGACAUUUCUUUUCAAGUUUCUCUUUCCUCAAGAAUUGCUGUUAUUGGUCCUAAUGGUGCUGGUAAAUCUACUUUAGUUAACGUCUUAACCGGUGAAUUAUUGCCAACUACUGGUGAAGUUUACGUCCAUGAAAAUUGUCGUAUCGCUUAUAUCAAACAACACGCUUUUGCUCAUAUUGAUAACCAUUUAGACAAGACUCCAUCUGAAUAUAUCCAAUGGCGUUUCCAAACUGGUGAAGAUAGAGAAACCAUGGAUCGUGCCUCAAGACAAAUUAACGAAAACGAUACUGAAGGUAUGAAAAAAAUCUUUAAAAUCGAUGGUACUCAACGUCGUAUUAAAGAAAUUUUAGCCAGAAGAAAAUUCAAAAACUCUUAUGAAUAUGAAUGUUCUUUCUAUUUUGGUGACAAUGUUGGAACCAAGACUGAAAGAUGGACCCCUAUGAUGUCAGUUGACAACGCAUGGCUUCCAAGAGGUGAGUUGAUGGAAACCCACUCCAAAUUAGUCGCUGAAGUUGAUAUGAAAGAAGCUUUGGCUUCAGGUCAAUUCCGUGCUUUAACCAGAAAGGAAAUCGAAGCUCACUGCAACAUGUUGGGAUUGGAAGCCGAAUUAGUUUCUCACUCCAGAAUCAGAGGUUUAUCCGGCGGUCAAAAAGUCAAAUUAGUGUUGGCUGCCUGUACAUGGCAAAGACCUCAUAUCAUUGUUUUAGAUGAACCAACCAACUAUUUGGAUCGUGAUUCCUUAGGUGCUUUAUCUAAAGCUUUGAAAGCCUUUGCUGGUGGUAUUGUUAUCAUUACCCACUCUGCUGAAUUCACCAAAGAUUUAACCGAAGAAGUUUGGGCUGUUGUGAAUGGUGUCAUGACACCCUCUGGUCACAACUGGGUCCAAGGUCAAGGAUCAGGACCAAGGAUUGAAAAGAAAGAAGAUGGUGAAGAUCAAAUUGACGCUAUGGGAAACAAAGUCAAAGCCGCCAAAAAGAAGAAGAAAUUAUCCUCUUCCGAAUUGAGAAAGAAGAAGAAAGACAGACUUAAGAAGAAGAAAUUGUUGGGAGAUGCCUACGUAUCAUCUGACGAUGAAUUCUAA